AGUUCAAGCUGGGACAGUUCCGCUCGUGUGUGGAACGUCAACAAACCUCACGCCACCCCGCUCAUCCUCAAAGGCCAUCAAGCAGCGGUGUGGGCGGUGCUUGAGCUCGGUGACGGCGCUUACGCUACGGCGUCCGCUGACAAAACAAUCAAACUGUGGAAGAAAGAUACCACUUUAAUUACUACCCUGACAGGACAUACCGAUUGUGUGAGGGGUCUAGUGGUGGCCAGCCCAGAAUCCUUUUUAAGCUGCUCCAAUGACGCCACAAUCAGACUCUGGAGUAAUAAAGGACAGUGCCUUAAUACCUACUAUGGACAUUCUAAUUAUAUUUAUAGUAUAAGUCUGAACCCGGCGCUGGCAUCGGGCUUCGCGUCGUGCGGGGAAGACGGCUCAGUGCGUCUCUGGGCGGGCGGUGACUGCGUGGCUAGCGUGCGGCUACCCGUACACUCUGUGUGGAGCGUCACCUGCCUGGACAACGGGGACAUCGUGACCGGCUCAAGCGACGGCGUGGUGCGCGUGUUCACGGCUGACGCAGCGCGAUACGCCGACGAGGAGACGCUCCGUCUGUUUGAAGAAGACGUCCAGAAGAUGGAGCAAGCCGCGCAGCAGGAGAUCGGCGGGUACAAACUGUCCGAGAUCCCUGGUCCCGAAGUGCUGCUCGAACCCGGCAAGUCGGAGGGUCAGACGCGGCUGGUGCGGCGCGGGACUUCCGUCAAGUGCUACUCCUGGAGCAACGCCGAGAACACCUGGAACGAGAUCGGUGACGUCAUGGGCGCCAACCCGCCUGCUGAAGGAAAGACCAUGUAUCAGGGACAGGAAUAUGACUUCGUGUUUAGCGUGGACAUCAAAGAUGGCGCUCCGCCAAUAAAACUGCCUUACAACAAAUCGCAAGACCCUUGGGUUGCCGCGCAAGCCUUCAUACACAAACAUGAUCUACCUCAAGUAUAUUUAGAACAAGUAGCAAACUUUAUUAUUACGAAUGCGAAAUUGGAGUCAUUGCCUGCACCAAGUAAUGGUUUUGCAGACCCAUUCACGGGCGAGAAUCGUUACGUGCCAGGCUCGGCCGCCGCGCCCGGUCUUCCGCCGCCGUCUGCCGCCGAUCCCUUCACCGGCUCCGGCGCUUACACCACUAGUGCUGCCAGUACUGUCGCCUCGUCUACCGACAAGCCGCUUAUACCGCACGACGCUUACAUCAGGUUUGACCAGGCGAAUUUAAAAGCAAUAUUUGAGAAACUAAAAGAAUUUAACAGUAAAGUUGGCGAUGGCCUGAGCGCCCUUACCACGGAGCAGUUAGAAAACGUAGUUAAAUUAGGAGAACUGAAUAGCACACACAAUCCUGAGACUGUUUCUUUAUUGAAAAAGAUGUUAGAAUGGCCAAAAG